AUGUCUGGCCGAGAGAUAUCACCUGGUACCGUGAUUACCCUGACCGACGGGCGCCAGGGUACCGUCCGUUUCAUCGGCACUACAAGCUUCGCGGUUGGAGAUUGGAUUGGCGUGGAAUUGACCGACGCUACUGGCAAGAACGAUGGCGCGGUUCAGGGCGAACGAUACUUUGAAUGUGAACCAGGGUUUGGCAUGUUCAUCCGCCCGACAGCCAUCGGCUCGGUUGUUCAACAACCCCCGCGGGAGAGUAAACAAACCGCUAGGACCGGUUCCAACGCGCCUGCCAGCCGGCAAUCGAUAUCUGCAGGCUCCAAAAGGCCUACUGGGCUACCUCCAACCGCAGUCAAGCGACAAAGCACCAAUGCAAUUGGAACACCUACACCGGCGCCGAAGAUGGCCCCGCGGGCCUCUCUAAGGUCGCCCACAAAGUCACCGACCAAACAGCUAUCUGCUACUUCUAGUCGCUCAUCGAUGAGCGGGGCUCCGCGAACCUCGACUGUGGCACCAACCCGACCCAGGCCAACGGCCACGACCAGAACCUCGAUGGGCCCAUCUUCCACUCAAUCUGCAGCUUCUCGAACUCCGCGCCCCUCAGUGGCCGGCACGACAACAAGAACGUCGAGGCCUGGGUCCCAAAGCACCGUGGCCUCUGGGUUGUCCAAACGUCCUUCCCUUCGACAGACGGUCUCAGCAAAAGCAUCCGACACCGGCGACACAGGAACGAGUAGCCCACUUGAAGAGCCAAGUAAUGAUGAGACUCCCGAUACCGAAGGAGAAGGGGCACAAGAUGGAGAGGCGGCACCGGCACUUGCCCCUAGAACGUCAAGACAGUCUUUGGCUUCAUCGCGCACAGCAGCAAAUCGACCCGGCCCCGGUGCAACUACGGCACAACGCCAAAACCAGAGUGCUGCUCUCUCCCGGGAAUUGGAGGAGCUCCAAGCUAAACUCCGAGUCAUGGAGAAGAAGAGAGUUGAGGAUCGAGAAAAGCUCAAGAUGCUUGAGCAACUGCAAUCAGACCGUGAUAAGUUUGAAGCGAUCAUCCAAAAGCUGCAGGCAAAGUACCAGCCGCAGCAGAUGGAGAUAACUGAAUUGCGCAAGAAACUCAAGGAUACUGAGGCUCGACAUGAGGAAGUUGAGCGCAUACAAGCCGAACACGAGUCACUCAUGGAAAUGGCGACACUUGACCGGGAAAUGGCCGAAGAGACAGCCGAAGCGUUCAAGCAUGAAUGUGAAACCCUUCGACUAAAAAUGGAGGAGCUUCAGCUGGAAGUGGAGGUUCUGCGUGAAGAGAACGAGGAGUUUGGCCAAAUCACAAGCCCUGAAGAGCGAUCCAGUCAUGGAUGGCUGCAGAUGGAAAAGAGCAACGAACGUCUUCGUGAUGCGCUCAUGCGGCUUCGUGAUAUGACCCAACAGCAGGAGGGCGAUUUGAGAGAUCAGAUCAAAGAAUUGGAGCAGGAUCUCGAGGAGUAUUCUGCAGUCAAGUCCGAAUACGAGGCUACGAAGGAAAAAUUGUUGGUUGCUGAGACCAAUGUGGAUGAACUUAAGCAGCAGCUGGAGACCGCCCUCGGCGCCGAAGAAAUGAUCGAAGAGCUGGCUGACAAGAACAUGCGGUACCAAGAGGAGAUCAAUGAGCUUAAGGCUGCGAUCGAGGAUCUGGAAUCUCUGAGGGAAAUCAGCGACGAACUGGAGUACACUCAUAUCGAAACCGAAAAACAACUUCAAGAAGAGAUCGACUAUCGUGAUGGCGUUUUCAGUGAUCAAGUUCGGAAGAUCGCCCAGCAGAAUGAAGUCAUUGAGGACCUGGAGUACACCUUGUCCCGUUUCAGGGAGCUGGUUACGAAUUUGCAAAGCGAUCUCGAAGACAUGCGGGCUUCUCAGCAGAUCUCCGAAACGGAAGCCUCCGACCUUACCACACGAUCACGAGCCAUGAUGGACUUGAACAUGAAGCUCCAGGCCUCGGUAUCAAAGGCCCAAACGAAGUCGAUCAAUGUGGAACUCAAUCGAAUGGAAGCGGAGGAAGCCGCACAUCACCUUUCCAUUGUGAAGCUGUACCUUCCAGAGUACUUCGAUGGCGAGCGAAAUGCUGUCUUGGCCCUUCUUCGCUUCAAACGUGUCAGUUUCAAGGCUGGUGUAAUGAACAACACCAUUCGUGAGCGAGUUGCUGAGCAGUCUGCCAUCUCGACCUAUGAUGAGGCAUUCAAUGCUCACGAAGUACUCGAACAUCUCCUCUGGAUUUCGACGGUCUGCGACCGUUUCGUGAACUAUAUUAGUGCCUGUUCCCCGGAACAAUUUGCGAACACUAAGGGUGCUUUGUUCGAAAUGGAACCGGUCGAGCGGACACUAAACCUUUGGCUUGAGAGUCUGAAGAAGAACGAAGUGAACAUGAAGAAGUUUGCAGCUGAACUGCAGCGAUCCAUUGCCCUGCUUGCACACCUUGCAGAGACUCUCCUUCCCCCUAGCCCGGAAAUGUUUGCACACGAGCUUUGUAUGCGCGCAAGUUUAUCGCAGUCCUAUCUCGACCACGCGGCAUCUGUUGUUGCGCGGUUGAAGACUUUGGUCCAAUCUAAACUUGCGACCCCGGAAGAGGGCAGUGAAGAAAAUUCCUUUGCCUUGAGCAAACUUGACGCUUUUGUCUCCCAGGCUCGUGGUUACAAGGUUGCCUUGGGGAAGAUUUCUCGAUCGCUAGAGGACUUACGUACGCGUUCUCUCGCACUCUCGAGAGACGCCGAUGAGCCUUUCAGAAAGACAGAGAAGUGCACCCAAGGGCUCUCAGACUUAACUCGAAAGCUGGGCGAAAAUGUUACGAAUCUCACCAGCGAUGAGGGCCGCACGGAUCUUUAUACACUGCAGGAGAUUCUGGAAAGCAUGUCACUGGCCUUUACAGACUCUGUGCCUUCUGCUGAUAGCAUAUCCGAGAAUAGCGACCCUGUAUCGCUGCUUAUCAACAAGCUGCGCGAUAUUGGCAGCCAGUUGGACGAGCUCGACUCGAUCUCAUCCGAUCUCUCUCGCACCGCAGAAUUUGAGAGAGGAGCAAAUCCUUGGAUUGCCCGAUCAGAGGAGCUCAAGUCCAACAAGACCAUUUCGCCAGAUGCCGACGAGGAGAUUCGACGCCUUAAAAAUGAAGUUCACGAGGUUUCCACCGCUCUUGGUGUCAAGGACAACACUCUUGAAGAACAGGGUAUCAAGAUUGAGCUCCUUGAAUCACGAAUGCGCGAGGCUAGCAAGAAGGCAUCUAUGGUAAAGGACCUUGAGACCAGGAUUGAAGGGUACCAGGCAACCUGCAAUGAGCUUGAGAAGACCGUCGAUCAGCAGAAGCAAGAACUUCAAACGACCGAGGCGGAGCGUGACGAGCUCAAGUCGCGCAUCGAAAGAAUGAAGCGAAUGUCUGGAACCGCUGGUGUCACGACGUCGGGCGAUGGCAUCGUUAUCGACAAUGAGGCUUCUUUGGCCGCGAUGCAAGAGAACGAAUCUCUUCGCGCCGAAGUCGAAAGUCUUCAAGCAGCCGUGCGUUUCCUGCGCGAAGAAAAUCGUCGCUCGAACCUUCUCGACCCCUACUCGGUGCAGCGAUCAACGGAAAUGCACGCUUGGCUGGACGCACCUCUCACUCGCCCUGCUCCAACUGCCGAGCAAGAAAAGCUUCAGCGCACUGCUUUGGAGAGUCGGGAUGUCUUGACCCAUCUCCUCAAGCUGACAAAGGACUCCGGUGUCUGUGAUUUGAAAUCUACAAUGGUUCCGCCAGCCAGCAGCGACGAUGCCAACAUCAACCGUAGUACAUGGCGACCUUCAAAAUCUCGCCUCCGGUACCAAGUGCUCCAGCAACGAGAGAACUUCGAACACUGGUCCGAAUGGCGCGACGAUAUCGUGCACCACGAACGUGAACAAGACCGUCUGGCUGCUGCCAAGCGGGAACGCGCGCUACGUGACCGUGCCCCCAAACACGCUCACAAAGCCUCCGUUGAAUUCCCUCAGGGCCUUGGGCAUGGAAUGAUGGGCCGUGCAUGGCAAAUCCUCGGCAUGCAAAACCAUCGCAAGAACACCUCGAUCAGUGUACCUGCUCCAGACGGGGUGGAAAUCGUGCCUGACGAAUAG